UAAAUAUUAACUCUUUCUCAUACAGAAUCCACUGAAAAGGUUAGGUACUUAGGUACAUAGUAUAGUCCUUUCCAAUGCGAUAAAAUAAGGUGACAUAGUGUCUAUUUAUCUUUGAUAAAGGGGUAUUUCCAUGGGUUUGCCUUGGUAUCGUGUUCAUAUUGUCGUAUUGAAUGAUCCCGGUCGAUUGCUUUCUGUCCAUAUAAUGCAUACAGCUCUAGUUUCUGGUUGGGCCGGUUCGAUGGCUCUAUACGAAUUAGCGGUUUUUGAUCCCUCUGACCCUGUUCUUGAUCCAAUGUGGAGACAAGGUAUGUUCGUUAUACCCUUCAUGACUCGUUUAGGAAUAACCAAUUCGUGGGGUGGUUGGAGUAUUUCAGGAGGAAUUAUAACGAAUCCGGGUAUUUGGAGUUAUGAAGGUGUCGCAGGGGCACAUAUUGUGUUUUCUGGCUUGUGCUUCUUGGCAGCUAUCUGGCAUUGGGUGUAUUGGGAUCUAGAAAUAUUCUGUGAUGAGCGUACGGGAAAACCUUCUUUGGAUUUGCCCAAGAUCUUUGGAAUUCAUUUAUUUCUCUCAGGGGUGGCUUGCUUUGGCUUUGGCGCAUUUCAUGUAACAGGUUUGUAUGGUCCUGGAAUAUGGGUGUCCGAUCCUUAUGGACUAACUGGAAAAGUACAAUCUGUAAAUCCAGCGUGGGGCGCGGAAGGUUUUGAUCCUUUUGUUCCGGGAGGAAUAGCCUCUCAUCAUAUUGCAGCGGGUACAUUGGGCAUAUUAGCAGGUCUAUUCCAUCUUAGUGUCCGUCCGCCUCAACGUCUAUACAAAGGAUUACGUAUGGGAAAUAUUGAAACUGUACUUUCUAGUAGUAUCGCUGCUGUUUUUUUUGCAGCUUUCGUUGUUGCUGGAACUAUGUGGUAUGGUUCAGCAACUACCCCAAUCGAAUUAUUUGGUCCCACUCGUUAUCAGUGGGAUCAGGGAUACUUUCAGCAAGAAAUAUAUCGAAGAGUUAGCGCCGGACUAGCCGAAAAUCUGAGUUUAUCGGAAGCUUGGUCUAAAAUUCCCGAAAAAUUAGCUUUUUAUGAUUACAUUGGUAAUAAUCCGGCAAAAGGGGGAUUAUUCAGAGCAGGCUCAAUGGACAACGGGGAUGGAAUAGCUGUUGGAUGGUUAGGACACCCCGUCUUUAGAGAUAAAGAAGGGCGCGAGCUUUUUGUACGUCGUAUGCCUACUUUUUUUGAAAUAUUUCCGGUAGUUUUAGUAGAUGGAGACGGAAUUGUGAGAGCCGAUGUUCCUUUUAGAAGGGCAGAAUCAAAAUAUAGUGUUGAACAAGUAGGUGUAACUGUCGAGUUCUAUGGUGGCGAACUCAAUGGAGUUAGUUAUGGUGAUCCUGCUACUGUAAAAAAAUACGCUAGACGUGCCCAAUUAGGUGAAAUUUUUGAAUUAGAUCGGGCUACUUUGAAAUCCGAUGGUGUUUUUCGUAGCAGUCCAAGGGGUUGGUUCACUUUUGGGCAUGCUACGUUUGCUUUGCUCUUCUUUUUUGGACACAUUUGGCAUGGUGCUAGAACCUUGUUCAGAGAUGUUUUUGCUGGUAUUGAUCCAGAUUUGGAUGCUCAAGUGGAAUUUGGAACAUUUCAAAAACUUGGGGAUCCAACUACAAGGAGACAAGUAGUCUGAUACAACAUUGCUCUGGUAUCUUUCGCCUCUAUUUUUUUGAUUUGACAUAAGGUACCGGAGAAAUCUUGAUUUGAAUCACCAUUUAUUCUUUGACUCUUUACUUUUCUUUAUAUGGUAAAUGAUCCCAAAUGAAUAGGUGUGGAAGCUAUAAUUGUAAACCACGAUCGAAUCUAUGGAAGCAUUGGUUUAUACAUUCCUUUUAGUCUCGACUUUAGGGAUAAUUUUUUUCGCUAUCUUUUUUCGAGAACCGCCUAAGGUUCCGACUAAAACUAAAAAAUGAAAUAAUUUUUCAUUAUCUAAAUUGAAGUAAUGAGCCUCCCAAUAUGGGAGACUCAUUACUUCAACUAGUCCCCGUGUUCUUCGAAUGGAUCUCUUAGUUGUUGAGAGGGUUGCCCAAAAGCGGUAUAUAAGGCGUACCCAGUAAAGCUUACAAGUAAACCAGAUAUGGAGAUGGCGACUAGGGUUGCUGUUUCCAUUUUUAGAUAAUUUCAAGAUCACAAUGGAUCUACGAUAAGAUCGUUUAUUUACAACUACAACGGAAUGGUAUACAAAGUCAACAGAUCUCAACCAAGGAAUAGUAUUUUAUGGCUACACAAACCGUUGAGGGUAGUUCUAGAUCUGGGCCAAGACGAACUACUGUAGGGAAUUUAUUGAAACCAUUGAAUUCGGAAUAUGGUAAAGUAGCACCGGGCUGGGGGACUACACCACUUAUGGGGGUCGCAAUGGCUCUAUUUGCGAUAUUCCUAUCUAUUAUUUUGGAAAUUUAUAAUUCUUCCGUUUUACUGGAUGGAAUUUCAAUGAGUUAGGUUCAUAAGAACUAGAAAGUCCCAGUUUUUCAAUCAAAAAAAUUACUUUACUUAAGAAAGACUCGGAUUUCUAGACCAUUCUGGUAGUUCGACCGUGAGAUUUAUUUGUUUCGGUAUUUCCGGAAUAUGAGUGUGUGACUUGUUAUAAUUGAUCCUAUUGAUAAUACAGAAAAUGGGCCUGUCAUCUCUAUCAAGAUGAUUCUAACUCGUCGGAUAUUUAUUCUAGUAUCUGGAGCACGGAAUAUAUAGAAUAGAUCAAGAAAAGAAAUAUUUGAACUAUGAUUCAUACCUACUAUUUACUAUUCAGACUUCGCAACCGGACUCAAAAAAAAUUCAAAUAGGUAUUUCCUAAAUCAAACGAUUUUUCUUCUUUCAGUUUGAACAAAGGACAAAUGUUUCUCUAGAUUUUGUUGAGUCAUUACAUCCAUUCAUUGAAUAAGUGAUCAUCAAACGGUUCUUACUCAGAGAACCUUUGAGCUUUGCUUGAUUAAAUCAUCGUGGUUCUAGUAUGAAUCUGAGGUUUCAAUUGAUUCAUAGGGUCUCAACAAGGGAAUUCCUAUCAAUAGCAAAACUAUUGUUAAUCUGCAUUACGCACAAAAAAAUAACAAAUCAAAUAACAAAUAAAAAAAUAGGAAAGAGAAGAUUCAAGAGGCCUGUACCGAUCAACAUAAAGAAAGACGGAUGAGCCAACUUGAUAUUUUUGGCAUUAUCAUCACAAAGAAGAGAUUCCGGAUUUUUGUUACUUCCUAUCUUUGGGGCAAAUCGAAUCAAGUGGCUAAGAAGUUUUGAACUUUCUAUUACAUAUCCGUUGAAAUCAGUAUUUGUGUGUUUCUGCUUGAGCCGUACGAGAUGAAAUUCUCAUAUACGGUUCUCAGAGGGGGAAUUCUUUUGGAUUACCUAUCUCAAUAAGGUAUAUGAUUGGUUUGAGGAACGUCUCGAGAUUCAGGCGAUUGCAGAUGAUAUAACUAGUAAAUAUGUUCCUCCUCAUGUCAACAUAUUUUAUUGUUUAGGGGGGAUCACACUUACUUGUUUUUUAGUACAAGUAGCUACAGGUUUUGCUAUGACUUUUUACUAUCGUCCAACCGUUACAGAAGCUUUUUCCUCUGUUCAAUACAUAAUGACUGAGGCCAAUUUUGGUUGGUUAAUUCGAUCAGUUCAUCGAUGGUCAGCAAGUAUGAUGGUUCUAAUGAUGAUCCUGCACGUAUUUCGUGUAUAUCUCACA